GUGAAGGUUGCAUGUUACAAAACCGGCUCAUGAUGGUCGGCCUUGCUUGCCUUCCAGAAUCGAAUUGUGUAAUCUAGAUCUACUUUGGAACCGAAAAUGAUUCUCAAAAAGAUGAUGAAAGGGAAAUAAAGGAGCAGUAAUUGUACAACUUCAGCACCUCCCAAUUUAAAAAAACUGAAAAAUGAAUCCUGCUCGAAAGGUGUGGACUUUUCGACACAUGUUUGCCUCGGCCCAACAAGUUGGAACGGUUUUGUUUUCUCGGCGGUACUUACUGUACACAAACACUGGCAUAAGUGUGAGUCUCUCAGUUUCAGGGGACAUCUUGCAGCAAAGAUAUCAACUAAUGAAGCAUAACUCAGAUAAGUCGUCUCUCAAUGUGAAACGAACAGGACAGAUGGCUGUGUGUGGCUUUUUAGCAGGACCCGUGGCCCACUACUGGUACAUAUUGCUGGAUAGGUGGCUGCCGGGCCGUUGUGCAAGAACCAUUGUGAAGAAGGUUAUACUCGACCAGUUGGUGUGUUCUCCCAUUUUUAUCGGACUUUACCUCGUGAGCAUCGGCAUCCUGGAUGACAAAAAGUGGGAGUUGCUGAAGGAAGAGUUUGCCACCAAAGGAGUCUGGCUGUUUCUUGGAGACUGCCUUAUAUGGAUUCCCGCACAGAUAUGCAAUUUUGCUAUAUUGCCGACUCGGUUUAGGGUUCUGUUUGAUAACAUGGUGUCUUUAUUUGCAGAUGUGUUCUAUUCCUAUGUGAUAUUUGACCAUGAAUGUGAUAAUAUGAAACCUCUAUCUAAGGAUACAUUAAGAGUUGAAAGAAUGUAGUGAAUGUAUGUGUCUUUCAUUUAGGUGGAUAAAAUAAUUGUGUACCAUGUAGGUCAUGUAUGGCGUGUUUGCUUAAACGUGAAGGAUUGAGAAAGCAAAAUGGCUUGUAGUUUCUAAAGAUGAGGUGAAGUGCACAAUACAACCACAGGGGUACAAAAUGACCCAAGGGCGUACGGAUAGGGUUAAGGGAAUUUACAGUGCGUGGAAUAAAGAGGGGACGGGGGUGAUUUGAAAUCCUUUUGUGGUGACAGAAAUUUACGUGUUAAACAGGGUCUUCUUAUUUCACAGUAUCCAGUUCAAUUAAUAAUCUUUGUGCUUUUCUGCAGUUGAAGUAUGAGUUCUUGAAAUAAUGUCUUGAAUUUCUGUGAAACACAGUAUCAUAUAUUUAUAAUAUAAUAAUUCUAGGUGAAGGUUAGCAUAUCUUUCAAGUACAUAUUCUGAAGAGAAAAGUAUGUAAGGCAUUUUAAUGUGCGUGCUGUGUUAAAUUUUUACUUUUAAGUAAGUCGUUUUUAUGAAAGUUUUUUUCUGGUUUGUUUUCUAAUCUAUUAAAGUAGACUUUUUAGUGUACGUGUAUUGCCCUUUUGUCUUUUAUUUUGGGUUUUUUUCAGCUCUGUCACUCUUCGCAAAUAUGUAUGGAGAUGUUCACACAAGUAAAAUGAAUCACAUGUAUAUAUAUUAAUUAUUAUGUCGUGCAUCUCUCCAACUGUGAUAAUUUCUGAGAGCAUUCAACUAAACAAAGGCACAGUUCACAGGUGAAGGGUGUAGUAUGGUAAGCAUAUAUAUAUGUCUCUCGUGUCUGCCAACAACAUAAACAAAAAACGCAUAACUGCCAACCAGUACAUAUUAUAUUUAUUAGGUCUUUGAUGAUUUGAGUAUGGAAGUCCAUUUUCCUUUGGGAAAAUACAUAUUCUCUGUUUUCUAAUGUUUCUUCCCCACGUGGACCUUGCUGAAGACAAAUAAUGAACUUUUCAAGCCCGAAUUUGUGAUCUACAAUGUGAAUGAAGCUCUCAAGAUGAUAUGUCAAGUGGAGAGAUCUUUUGCUGCAGGUUUACUCUACAUUGAAUGGCUGGGAUUUAUUGAAUUCCGAAAAGUGUAUAAAGGGUUUGGAGAGGAUUUUUUUGGCCAGUGCUCACCAUCUUGGCCCACCGUGUAGAUUGUCUGGGGGGGUUUUUGGCAGCUUUCAAAAUGUUUGUUAAAUAGAUAAAGUGAAUGUUUUUGUAUCAAUAUUAAUCAAACACUGGUGCUAAUGUGUACAUAUAUUAUGAUGUUAAAUAUGCCUCUCUCCUCCCCCCUACCCCUUUAAUGCUGAAAGCUGCCUUCACAAGACAUUUUUCUUAGCAAAAUGAACAAAGGAAUGUGAAAUCAGCUUUUGAACGGUAUACAUGUAUUGCAGAGUUGAAAUUCCAAAGUUAAAACUAGUGAGUUUUUUUACUCUGGUCAUUUGCCUAACUAGAAGCACAUUCUGAUUAACUUGAUAUAAACUUCAUAAUUUAGGAACCCCGAAAUUGCAAGUGUUUUGAUUUUGUCAGUCCAAAGGCACUUACGGUGGAAAAGAAGAUGGACCCAUGUUUCAGUUCAUCUAUCUGUUUACUAUUGUGUGAGUGGGUGGUUGGCGGGUGCUCUGAUGUGGUUUGCUUCUUCUUUCCUAUCAAACAUCUAUCGUCCUUAUCUCCCCUUCUUCUAUCUUUAAAUAAAAGUCCAGAUGUUUGUGAUUGAAGGAGAUGAGGGUCGCCUGGUGUCAAAGGUAAAAUAAAUUCGAGAAAAUGGCUGCCACAGUUUGGAGACUUCCAAAGCUGUAGUGUAGUGGCCUUGGAAACUGCAAAUUUACACUUUUUGUGACUUUAUAAAUGCUUUUCAGUAAAAUCCUCACAGGAAUGUGUUUUUAAAUAGACAUGAAGUGGUUGGAGCUUAAAACCAAA